ACACGAGGAGUCAGAAGGCCUGGGUGACCUUGGCCAGAUCAUAACAUCAUCUGUGUGGCUUCCGUUUAUCUCUAUAGAAAAUGAGAUCGGGGCCAGUGGGGUUAUAGUGGUGAUUGCUAAGUUCUCUCCCAUCCAGAAUUCCAUUAUUCUAGUGUCCUGACCUAAAACCUCCCAGCCACAGCUUCAGGAAAUCACCUGUUCUCCUACCACGUAUGUCCCUCUACGAAGUUGAGCAGCUGCUUCAUCUCAGAGUUUCCAUAUGGAACUAGCCAACAUGAGGGCCAGCUUCCCGUCAGGGAGGAGUAGUAUGCUUUCUUCCCUGGUGACAGCAUGGCCAGUGGUCUGUGCAUUGACUAGGAGGGGUUUGUUGGGACAGUGACACAGGCUGUGUCCAAAAGUCCUUUGGCAGAGUGGACUCCAGCCAAGAUACUCAAAUUUGUGACCAUAUGUAAACGGUGGCUUUUGCUGGCCCACACUGCUCUCAGGAGGGAUGGCACGUGCUGGCGCAGGUACACUUAGAGUGCCUGCUGUCUGCAAGUCAAGGCCUCAGAGUAAACCAGAAAGUGCCCAGACCACCAAUCCAACCCAAUGAAGGUGCUAAUUCACUGACUAAAAAGAAGUUUUCAUUAUUUUCUCCAUGCAGAGAUCUGAAUCAAUGCUGGCUUCCAAUCAGCUUAGUUUUGUCUUAAGAAUUUAGGGAAUAAAUACAAAUUCGGAAGUCUCUCAAGAACAUUUGUUUAGCAUCUGUUCCAGUGUCAACAACCCCAAGGCAUUUACACAGGCAUUUCAUUUCUGGUAGGGUUUGGAGUGGCUCCCCCAGGCACCCUUGGUGCUUACGUUCUGAAAUAAAAACACGUUCACCUCUCAGCUGCAGUUGCCGCCUUCACUUGCCCAUAUGCCUCCAGCCUGCAUUAGAAAGUUGGCAGGAGGCGUACGUGUGCUAGCUCUUUCCUUUCGCCUCAUUGCAUCCAAGAGAGCAAGAUGGGUCACCGGCGGCUCUACUGGAGCCAUCUGAGGAAAUCUGGCCAGGGUUCUCCUUCUUGCCGCGUCUGCUCAAACCGGCGCGGUCUGAUCCGGAAAUACGGCCUCAGUAAGUGCCACCAGUGUUUCCGUCAGUAUGCGAGGGAUAGAGGCUUCAUUAAGUUGGAUUAAGUGAACAUCCUUGAAUGGGUCAUCCAAGAUACCUACCUGCAGAUAUCCAAGAUACCUACCUUAAUGCCAUCUCAUUGUACAUAAAAUAAAAAUCCUCAAAUUAUGAGUGCUUUAAAGUGA